UCUGGGUCAGAACAUCUCUCUGGGCUCUACAGGUCCUGGUCUGGGUCAGAACAUCCCUCUGGGCUCUACAGGUCCUGGUCUGAGUCGGGACAUAGACUCCCUACAGGAGCGGACACAUACACGCUACAGAAUGCAUCAAUACCCCAGCCAAGACAAGAUUCCUGGCGGGGGUGUUGGGCUAGCGGCCCCCCAGGAUGGCCAAAGUUCUUGUCAGUUCUUCUCAGAUGGCCGGAGGAAGGUGGACUAUGUUCUGGUGUUCUACCAACGCAAACAGAUCUCUGUGAGGGGUGGCGACCGGCUGCACCGUCUCUCCGCCCCUCCUCACCCUCCUCAUCGCCUGUCUGUCAUCUCCAAUGGUAGCUCCCCCCUCUCUGGCCCUGUGGGGGGUUUGGGAUGUGCAGCCGGGCAGCGGAGUGCGGGGGACGGGGAGGUGUGUGUGGACCUGGCGGUGGAGGUGGAAUUAGAGGCGGACCCAGCUGAAGGAGAGAUGGUGCUGAUCAGGGAGGAGUUUGAGGCCAGGCUACUGGAGGCGGGGCUUGAGAUGGAGAGAGACACAGAGGUCAGGGUCUACGGGCCCAGCUUCACGAGACUCCAUGUCCCCUGGCAGGUCCUGAGCAGAGAGGCAGAGUUCCUCAAGAUCAAAGUCCCCACUAAGAAGAGCUAUGAUCUGAAGCAGGAGAAUGGGUUCAGUGCCAGCCUCAGUGAGUUCUGGAGGAAGGUGAACCAGCCGUUCCAACCCAACAUCCCCCAGCGUGGCCACAGCACCACCAAGCAGCUCUCACACUGCUUCUCCAGGGACAAACUACACUUAUUUAACAUCACCUCUAAAGACACGUUCUUUGACAACGCAACACGCAGUCGAAUAGUGUACGAGAUCCUGAGACGUACCGCCUGCACACGCACCAGCAUAUCCAUGGGCAUCACCACAUUAAUAGCUAAAGGUGUCUAUGAUUCAGCCUUCCCUCUCCAUGAUGGGGAUUAUAAGGUCGUGGGUCACUCUGAGAGGAAUGACAGACAGCUGCUGCAUGAUGAGUGGGCCAGAUAUGGAGCCUUCUACAAAUACCAACCUGUGGACCUCAUCAGGAAGUACUUUGGAGAGAAGAUCGGUCUGUACUUCGCCUGGCUGGGCGUCUACACUCAGCUGCUCAUACCAGCCUCUGUGGUUGGGAUUAUCGUCUUCUGCUACGGCUGUUACACUGUGGAUAUGGACGUACCGAGCCUGGAGAUGUGUGAUAAACAGCAGAACUUCACCAUGUGUCCUCUGUGUGACGGAGUGUGUGACUACUGGCACCUGUCCACCGCCUGUGGCACCGCCCGCGCAUCCCACCUGUUCGACAACCCUGCCACCGUCUUCUUCGCUAUCUUCAUGUCCCUCUGGGUUGCGACGUUCCUGGAGCACUGGAAGCGUCGUCAGAUCAGUUUGAACCACAGCUGGGACCUCACAGGACUAGAGGAAGAGGAGGACCACCCGAGGCCCAAGUAUGAAACCGUCCUGCUCCAGAAGAGACAGAUGAUGAGGAACAAGGAGAAGAAGAACGAGAAAAACAAGAAGAAGAAGAAGAUUGAGCCUGUGCAGCGGGAGGAGGACGUGGCGGCAGGGAAAGACAGGUGGAGACAGAAGUUACUGUCUGCUAUGAACACGGGGACAUCGACAGGUGUGGAGAAGCUGACCUGGAGGGACCGUCUGCCUGGAUACCUCAUCAACAUCUCCUCCAUCCUCUUUAUG